AUGGGUGCCAUUCCGGAAGCUGACCCCGAUGAGGUUCUCGAGACCAAGCCCUUCAAGUUCGUGACUGGCUACGACGCUCGUUUCCCUCAGCAGAACCAGACCAAGCACUGCUGGCAAAACUAUGUCGACUACUACAAGUGCACCACUGCCAAGGGCGAGGACUUCCGCCCCUGCAAGCAGUUCUACCACUCCUUCCGCGCUCUGUGCCCCAAGGCCUGGACCGACCGCUGGGAUGGUCAGCGCGAGGCUGGCAACUUCCCUGCCCACCUUGACAAAUAG